AUGGAGCAGCAACCCGCCAUGUCUUGGCCUGAACAGUUGCAGGAAAAUCCCCUCAUUGCCCCGCCAGGAGACGAUGAGUUCUCCAAUUUCCUGGAGUUCAAUAUGCACUUCCCCGAUCUUGAGGGGCACGGGCCAGGACCAGGACCAGCACAGGAACACUCACAUUCUCAGUUGCAGCAGCAACAUGUCCUUGUCCCUCCCACCACCACCGCUCCCGAGAUGACCUCCGACCCACGAUCGCAUCCAUUUACAACAAUGGAAGGACUGGCUAUGGAUUUCACCGGCCAUCCCGCCAUGUCGCAGCCGCAGCAGUCACAGUCGCACGCACACCCCGGCCCGAUUCCUUACUCGACCCCCAGCAUGACCCCGGGAUUCUGUGCCCAGGAUGCCUCACACUCUUCGGCAAAUCACUCCUAUAUGCAGGGACAACAAGGCAUCCCUCCGACCCCCAACAGCAUGGAGUUACACGGCAAUGCCGCCCGGUACUCCCAUCAGGACGACCAUUCGGAUAUGUACGAUCGUUACUCGCGUAUCAAUGAGGAACAGGCACUUUACACCCCGCUAGUAUCUCCCGCGAUGACUCCGCUGGAGAACCAAUUCCGCCUGCCCGAAUAUACGAUACCCGGAGAAUACUUCACUCCCCUCACCUCACCUGCUCUCGAGGCACAAAAUUCCAGCAGUUCUAAUAAUGCCUACGCAUACCAUGCUCGCCAGGUAUCAGACGUGGGAUUUGUCCCGUCAAGCGCCGAAGUCAACUUCCUCCCGGGAACCUCUAUGCCACCAUCCCCUAGUAUCAUCCGCAAGACCAACCGCCGGCGGGGGUCGACAGCUGCUUCCUCGCGGAUUCCUGGUGGUAGGAGUAAGGUCAAACAAUCGCCUUCACUCCGUGCACAGAAUCAGCGCACCAAGGGGAAGUCGACACCAACCUCGGAGGAGUUCUACAACAGCCUGACACAUGAAUUGGCCAAGCCGCAAAAUCACGAUGUGCGCUCUCUACAAGUAAGCAGCACUGAAGGUUCGGGUCAGGAUUCCGUUUCGCCAGAGCCCUUGUCCGAACCUCUGAUGCCCCCACCAGCUCUGCCAGCGCCUCGAAUAUCCCCUGUUAUCACAGCGGAACCACCCCAGUCUCCCGGAACCGCUGCCACUCCAGCAACCUUGAUGCGCAUUCAACGCUCGCAGCAUGCUCUAGAAUCCUCGGGACAGUUCGGCGGAGCGCAAUUGGAAAGCCAUGACGAACUCAUGGAGGAUAUUUCUCUUCCGGAGGCUGCCGCGCCGGCCUUGCAGCCACGCCCUCAGGUCAACCGCAUCGACACGAGUAUCCGCACGAAUGCACCCAGCCCGGCAAUCUCUGCCAAUUUGACCCCUUCCUUGGAUCCCCGGUCUGCCGCAACAGACCGAACGGGAUCUAUUACUCUGAGUCCACGUACCAUGGCCAUGCCAUCCCCCAGUGGUCCAGUACCGAAACGCUCAGACCCAUCCCGAUCGUCGAUCUCCAGUCGGAAACGCCCCAGCGUGAGCUCCACACAGGCAAGCCCUCAAUUGCGGCCGAAGAUUAGUCCCAGCAUCCAGCCGAUGAUGCGUGGUAGCGAGAGUCUGACACAAGACGCAAUUUACCUGGCUUCCAAGUCAAAUUACCAGCACAUUUUAGACGGAACAUUGCCAUCUGGCGUCUCAUACCCAGAAACACUCGCAGAGAACUUGAGCUCCAAGCGCACGAACCACAAACUAGCAGAACAGGGGCGUCGAAACCGAAUCAACAAUGCUUUAAAGGAAAUCGAGGCAUUAAUUCCACCCGAAUUCGUCCAAGCCAAACAGGCCAAAGAGGCUGAUUUAACUGGCAUCAAGCCUAGUGACAAGGAGAAGGAAAAGCCUGCCAAUCAAGCCAUCAGCAAAGCCAGCGCCGUGGAAAUGGCCAUUGAUUAUAUCAAGGCUUUGAAACUUACCCUUGAGCAAACCACCACGAAGCUGGUUGCGGCCGAAGCAAGGUUGGCUAGCAGUGCUUCUCCCGUCAAUGGUAAUUGCAAUGCCAAUGAGAUCUCUUCGGAUGGUACUACCACCCCGGUAGGCAAGUCAACGAAUGUUGCUGGUUCAGUCUCGGAAACGAAUGGUUCUUUGUCAACCUGA